UGGUUCCGCCCAGGCGCGAAAUGUAACGCGGGAAAAAGUCUCUGGUCCGGAGGCGGCGGAUUUUGGGGCUGCGGCUGCAGCGUGUGGGAAGCCAGGCCGCGGUCAGAUUCAGGGGCCGGCGCGGGAGAGGCGGGGUCUCCGCGGCUUCUCCGCCAUGCAGCCCUAAGGGGGCGCUGAGGAAAACCCGGCGGCGGUGAAGACUCAGCCAUUCCGGUGCAGGAUGUCUGAGGCGCCGGCCCUCCUUCGCCCGUCGGACUCCCCGAAGCGCGUCCUGGUCUCCGUCAUCAAGACCACCCCGGUGAAGCCGCCCCAGGGAGAGGAUCCUCCCGCCAGAGCCCACCCCCAGCAGCAGCCGCCGCCGCCGCAGCCCAUCCCCAGCAGCCCGGGCUUCAGCGAGUUCAUGGUCUACCCGUGGCGCUGGGGGGAGAACGCGCACAACGUCUCCCUCAGCCCUCCCGCCGCCGCCGCCCCCCUCCAGGCUCUCCGCGACGGGGCAGGAGACAGAGGAGGAGGAGGAGCCGACAAAGAGGCCCGCGACGAAGAAGCCGGCAGCCCGGACAGCGGCCUCGGAGGACACCUGAGGGAUGGCAUUAGACGCGGCCGGCCGAGAGCAGAUACGGUCCGGGAUCUGAUAAGCGAAGGGGAACAUUCUUCUAGCAGGAUCCGCUGCAAUGUUUGCAACAGAGUUUUCCCACGAGAGAAGUCUUUACAGGCGCACAGAAGGACUCACACUGGUGAAAGACCAUAUUUGUGUGACUACCCAGAGUGUGGAAAAGCCUUUGUUCAGAGUGGACAGCUGAAGACACAUCAGCGUCUCCACACAGGAGAAAAACCUUUUGUUUGUGCAGAAAAUGGGUGUGUAAGCAGAUUUACACAUGCAAACCGUCAUUGUCCCAAGCACCCCUACGCAAAGCUGAGGCGAGAAGAACCAACGGACAGAUUGAAUAAAAAGCAAACUGCAGAUAACAAAGCUGUUGCUGAAUGGUUAGCAAAAUACUGGGAAAUGAGAGAACAGCGUACGCCUACAUUGAAAAGUAAGACUACCCAUAAGCCUGACCAAGAGCAGCAAGAUCCCAUGGAAUAUCUUCAGUCUGAAGAUGAUGAGGAUGAGGAAAAAUAUUCUGCCCAUUUAGUCCCUUGUACCCGUGUAAACGCUUGCAUGGGGCAAGAACAACGUGAACGCUUGCAUGGGGCACUGGCGCUCAUUGAGCUGGCAAACUUGGCAGGAGCUCCACUGCGGCAGUAGUAGAAAACUGGACCUGCUGAUCAGGAAAAUGUACUGCAUUGUGGGUACUUAAACCAAUUAGCUUCUGGGCAUAAGCUAAGCACCUUAUUUGCUUCCAUAGGCUGCUAUUAUGUAGAACUUAUGAAGAAUGUUGUUGCCCCAAAGAUGGGGUAAGAGAAUUGCACUUUUUGUAUGGUAAGACAGUUGUAAAGCUUUUUAAAGUAUUUUGUAAAUAGAACACUGUAAUAAAGAGUGGGAAAUGCUUGUGUAACAGAAAGUUAGAUUUGCAAGGUUAGGGCUGUGCUUUUAAUCACAGCUAUGUGGAGGUAAGUUUCUGCAAACAGUGGAACUUACCUCCAUGUAAAAGUGUUUAAAAUCAGGAUGCCAGUCAUUCUUUCAUUCAGUUCUCACAGGAAGCACUUUCUGAACGCAUAAAGUUGAAAUAAUGGUACAUGUUUUUUUAAAAAAAAGAUUUUUUUCCCUUUAAAAACAAUGUUGAAUCUGAAAACGUGAACCAUCCAUGCUUUUUCAAACAUCAGUAUUUGGCAUAGCAUCAUUGACAAGGAUGCCAGAUAGCUGUCUUGCCCUUGUAGGAUCAUAGAAUAAUUGGGUUACAUUUUGUUCAGGAUUUUCACUGUGACUGCGGACAUGGAGAGUGACUUUGCAUUUAUGGAUUGAGAUCUCAGCAGUCUCUUGGUUGAGUAGCACUUCUUGUUCUUAAUAGAAUGUUGGGAACGUUUGCACAUUGUUCAGCUCACCUAUAACUGAGUGCUUAGUCUUGCAGAACCUAGCUAUCAUGAUAUCACAAUAAGUGUGAAUUUCAGAUUUCUUAGACCCUAUAACUAUGGCAUUUGUGUUUUGUUCAGAUAUUUACAGGGUUGCGUUGGUUUAUAGUAAAAUAUGUUACAAUAAUCUCAUUAGCAAACACUAAGGUAACUGCUUCAAAUGAUUUUCUGGCAGAUAGUUGUUUUUUUCCUUGAAUAACAUCACCUUAUUGCUUUAUUUGGAGCUUUCAGCCAAUUUUGUAUUCACUAACUGUAGCUCAGUUUUUGAUAAAACUGCAAGAUACUUGCUGUCCAGCUAGGAAAUUAGGCUUCCAGCAGUAGUUGCAAGUGUGAAAUAUUUGUGUUAGUAUUCUCCUCUAAAUGAAGUUAGAGAAUAGCACUUAGUGCUCUUGAGCACUGAAAAGAAAAUAAAUUUUGGGCAGGACACUGUACUGUUCUUAAUAGUUUUAAGUAAUUUAUCAUAUGCUAGAUUUGUGCCUUGAUAACUGUCUUGAGCAAAUUACUAUACAGUAGUUGCAUAAUAGAGCCUUUACUAAGGUGAGGGCUACUGGCAGAAGCAUAUGAACUACCUGAUCUUUGUUCAAUUAAUGCUCUGUAAUUCAUUCUGAUCACAGCAAAUAUGCAAACAAGAUAAUUUAUCCCUGUAAAAUUUAAUGGCCAAUGUCUUAACUGGCAAGAUGAAGGUAUAUAUGCAUUUUUCAUAUUUCCAGGAUUAUUAUUGUGUUACUCUGUUUUGAAUCCAGGUAUCUCAUAGCAGAUACUUUUGCCCCAAUCCUUGAGGGAGUGCUUUGAGGGUUCUUGAAACGAAGGUGGGAAAAUCAUUUUCUGUAGUGGGAUAUCUGAAUCCCUAUGUCUGUAGUAUGCAUUUCAUUUUGGUACAUCUGUAGACUUAUGUAUUAAUGUUUGCAGACAGAUAGAUUUGAGAACAAGGCCUCACUUCUUGAUACACACAAACAUUCUCCCCCUUUCACCAUAUUUACACUGAAUACAUAUUAAAAUAUGUAUUUAAUCAAAAUACAUUCUGCCUAGCUGUAGGCAAGUUGAGCUGCUUUGCCAAUUAUGUAUAAAAUACAUCUUUGGAACAAUUGCAACCAUUUGUCAAUAAAUAAAUAAAUAGUUUUUAAAUGCGGUGAUUCAAGAAUUCUCUGCUUCACAUGAUUAAGCUGUACUUUCAGCAUGACUUUAAAUGCUAUAAUUCUAAUAAGCUUUGAAUAAAAAGUUGUGUGAAUUUUAAAUUUGUGUCAGUGGGAUAACAUUUGGUUCAUAAUUGACACUGGUAUACACCUUCAGCCUCAUGGAGAAAGUUCUGGCAGUUCUGAUGUGUGCAUAGUUCUGCGUCUGGUUCUUCUUUAUUGAGAACUGUACCAACCAGUUUAAUCUGCCAUUAAAAAAUGGGAAAACUCUUA